GAGGCGAACGCAAACCCAACGCGGCUAUAAGCCGGCCCGCGGCGCCUCGCCUCCAUCUGCGGCGCAGCAUGGCUCCAAAGAAGGUGGAGGCCAAGAAAGCGGAGGUGAAGAAGGUGGAGGCCAAGAAGGAGGAGGCGGCGCCCCCGGCCAAGGCCCCGGAGCCGGAGCCCCGGGCCCCGGAGGUGGACCUGCGCAGCGUGGUGGUGGAGUUCAGCCCGGACCAGGUGGAGGAGUUCCGGGACGCCUUCUCCCUUUUCGACGAGACGCCAGGCGGCGAGAUGAAGAUCAGCUUCGCCCAGUGCGGCGACGUGCUGCGGGCGCUGGGGCACAACCCGACCAACGACGAGGUUCUGAAGUUGCUGGGCCGGCCCAAAGCCGAGGAGAUGCACGUCUCGCUGCUGGACUUCCAGGCCUUCCUGCCCAUGCUGCAGCACGUGGCGCGCGCCAAGGAGCAGGGCAACAUGGAGGACUUCGUGGAGGGGCUGCGCGUCUUCGACAAGGAGGGCAACGGCACCGUGAUGGGGGCGGAGCUCCGCCACGUCCUGGCCACGCUGGGGGAGCGCAUGACGGAGGACGAGGUGGACCGGCUCAUGGCGGGCCAGGAGGACGCCAACGGACACGUCAACUACACCGAGUUCGUCAAGCACAUCCUGGCCGGGUAGCAACCAGCGGGGGAGGGGGGACAGCGCUCCGCCUUAAUAAAACACCUACAGGUC